AUGGCCAGUAUGUCUUCAACGACCAUUGGACAAGCCAUUAGUGAUCAAAUCUUAAAGUUGAUGGAGAAGUCUCAACUUGACCCUUCUAAACUGUGUGGCCUGACAAUUGAUGGGGAACCCUCAAUGACAGGUGGAACUAAUGGAUUCACUAAGAAAUUUUUGGAUACCAUCGGUUCACAAGAGAUUGUGGUGAAUCACUGCAUUAUACAACAGGAAAGAUUGUGCACAAAAGUUCUUGACUUUACUGGUGUUAUGACAAGUGUUGUUCAAUGUGUGAACUACAUUCGUGCUCGAGGACUAAAUCAUCGACAAUUUAAGUCCUUCUCAGAAGAACUUGACUCGGGUUAUCCUGAUGUUGUGCACUUCUCUGCAGUGUGUUGGUUAAGUAGAGCUGCUACUCAGAAAAGAUUUUGGAAUCUAAGAAAGGAGAUUGGAUCAUUCAUGAUAAAUAAGCAGCAAGAUGCUGCUUAUUUAAAUGAUGAUGACUGGUUAAAUGACACUGCUUUCCUGACAUCACACAACAUCUUUCAGAUUUAA